AUUCAAUACUCUGAAAAGUGACGGGGAGAGAGACUGAUCGCUCGAAGCGAACGCAAAACUGCAAUUCCUCUGCGAAUAAUACAUAAAACGUGUUCUGAUCGUUUGUGCAAAGGCUACUAUUUUAUUUCUUGUGCAUCAGUAUUAUUUAUAUAAUUAUACGUAAUUAAAAACAGCGAAGAUGCCGGACGACGUGACGAUGUCUGAAGCCGGUGAAGUUGAAACCUUCGCGUUUCAGGCCGAAAUUGCUCAAUUGAUGAGCUUAAUUAUUAACACCUUCUAUUCUAACAAAGAAAUUUUCAUCCGAGAAUUGAUAUCCAACGCAUCUGAUGCCUUGGACAAAAUUCGUUAUGAAUCUCUCACUGAUCCAUCAAAAUUGGAUACCUGCAAGGAGUUGUUCAUCAAGAUUAUUCCAAACAAAAAUGACCGUACCUUGACCAUCAUGGAUUCUGGUAUCGGUAUGACAAAGGCUGAUCUUGUUAACAACUUGGGUACUAUUGCCAAGUCAGGCACAAAGGCUUUUAUGGAAGCUCUUCAAGCUGGUGCGGACAUCUCUAUGAUUGGUCAGUUUGGUGUGGGUUUCUAUUCUGCUUACCUGGUUGCUGACAAGGUUGUUGUAAUUUCGAAACACAACGAUGAUGAACAAUAUGUGUGGGAAUCUUCUGCUGGUGGAUCCUUCACUGUUCGUCCUGAUAAUGGAGAAAGAAUUGGAAGAGGCACUAAAAUCAUCUUGCACAUCAAGGAAGAUCAAACCGAAUAUCUGGAGGAAUCAAAGAUUAAGGAAAUUGUUAAGAAACACUCCCAAUUCAUUGGUUAUCCGAUUAAGUUAGUUGUUGAAAAAGAGAGAGACAAGGAGCUAAGUGAAGAUGAAGAAGAGGAGCCAGCAAAGGAAGGAGAGACUGAAGAUGAAAAACCGAAAAUUGAAGAUGUUGGAGAAGAUGAGGAUGAGGAUAAACCGAAGGAUGAAAAGAAAAAGAAAAAGAAGACAAUCAAGGAGAAAUACACAGAGGAUGAAGAACUUAACAAAACAAAACCAAUUUGGACAAGAAAUCCAGAUGAUAUUACGCAAGAAGAAUACGGCGAAUUCUACAAAAGCUUGACCAAUGAUUGGGAGGAUCAUUUGGCUGUGAAACACUUUUCGGUAGAGGGUCAGUUGGAAUUCCGGGCAUUACUCUUCAUCCCACGACGAGCGCCGUUCGAUCUCUUUGAAAAUAAGAAGAGGAAAAACAACAUUAAAUUAUAUGUCCGUAGAGUCUUCAUUAUGGACAACUGUGAAGACCUUAUUCCAGAAUACCUUAACUUCAUUAAGGGUGUUGUAGACAGUGAAGAUCUUCCAUUGAACAUUUCUCGUGAAAUGUUGCAACAGAACAAGAUUCUCAAAGUUAUCAGGAAGAACCUUGUGAAAAAAUGUUUGGAACUCUUUGAAGAAUUAGCUGAGGAUAAAGAAAAUUAUAAGAAAUGCUAUGAACAGUUUAGCAAGAAUUUGAAAUUAGGUAUUCACGAAGAUAGCCAAAAUAGAAAGAAACUUGCAGAACUGCUGAGAUACCACACGUCUGCCUCUGGGGAUGAAAUGUGUUCACUGAAAGACUAUGUUGGUAGAAUGAAAGAAAAUCAGAAACACAUCUACUAUAUCACUGGUGAAAGCAAGGAGCAAGUAGCAAACAGUUCAUUUGUUGAGAGGGUUAAAAAGCGUGGUUUCGAAGUUAUAUAUAUGACAGAACCUAUCGAUGAAUAUGUUGUACAGCAGCUAAAGGAAUUCGAUGGGAAACAGCUAGUGUCUGUAACCAAAGAAGGUUUGGAGCUUCCAGAAGAUGAAGAAGAUAAGAAGAAACGCGAGGCUGACAAAGUCAAGUUCGAAAAUCUCUGCAAAGUUAUGAAGGACAUUUUGGACAAGAAAGUAGAAAAAGUUGUUGUAUCUAACAGGUUAGUUGAUUCUCCCUGCUGUAUAGUCACAUCACAGUACGGAUGGACUGCAAAUAUGGAAAGGAUCAUGAAGGCACAAGCUCUUAGAGACACGUCAACUAUGGGAUACAUGGCUGCCAAGAAACACUUAGAAAUUAACCCAGAUCAUCCAAUCAUGGAGAACUUGAGACAAAAGGCUGAAGCAGACAAACAUGACAAAUCUGUAAAAGAUCUAGUCAUGCUUCUCUUUGAAACUGCACUCUUAUCUUCUGGUUUUGCUCUUGAAGACCCUCAAGUACAUGCUUCCAGAAUAUACAGGAUGAUCAAACUUGGUCUUGGUUUCGACGAAGAAGAAGCGCCACCAGUAGAAGAUGAGAAAAUGGACACAGAAGUUCCUCCCCUAGAAGGUGAUGCAGAAGAAGCAUCCAGGAUGGAAGAAGUAGAUUAAGAUCUUUCACUAUUUAAGACUAUUUAAUUAAAUCCAAAGACUUCUAGGAUGUAGAAAGACUGUUACAGAUUAAUUCUACUUAAGUAUUCAAUCUUAAUUUUUUUUUGUGUUUUGUUUUUUCUGUAUGUGACAGAAUGGAGUGCCAUGCUUAAGUAUUACAUAGUAUAACUCUGUAAAUUAAUAUUUCCGUAUUUAUUUGAUAAAUAUUGAAGUAAACGCGUGAGCUCGGUGCAUUCCAUGAAUAUUGCACUUUAUAAAUUGAGCCUGCCACUUGAUUCUGUCCUCAAAUUCUUUUUUUUAUAAUACAUCAUUUUCACAUGACUGCAACAAUCAUCCUGAGUUUUUUUGUAUAUUUUCAUUUCUCACUUUCAUCAUUCCAUUGUGAAAUUGUCAUGUUGUCGAAUAACAUCAAAAUCGUUGUAAACAGUUUUGUGCGCAAUAAAAAUGACCUUAACAUAUUUAAA